AUGAUAUACAUAAAAGGGAAGAAGCGACUGCUGUGCAUAAGUGAAGAGGACAUAAAUGACGAAAACUAUUUGUUAAUAAAAAAUAUUUUAAAAGAUGAUGAUGUAAGUAUGAGUAGCUGGAUUGAGGUUAGUCUGCUGUAUUAUAAGAAAAAUUAUUUUAAAUUAUUUUUAGAUUUAAUUAAAGAGGGAGAUAAAUAUUUUAAUACCCCAUAUGAUGAUAACACACAUUUUAAUAUGUUGUUAUUGAUAUAUAAUUUAGAAAAAAUUGUAUUAGUUAAAAAUAUCAAUAAAGAAGAUGAACUUAAAAUAAAAGUAGAAAAUCUAAUGAAUCAAAUUGAUAAGAAAAAGACGGAUACAAAUAGCAAUAAGAUGAAUAAUGGUCAAGGAGAAGAUUAUGAUUACUUGUCUCAUUUUUUAAUUAAAGGAAUUUACAAUGUUCAUAUAUAUUUGCACUUACUAAAUAAGUAUGAUAAUAGAGGUGUAAAUAAUAAGUACACUGCAACAUCGUGCUUACUACCAUCCGUAUCUUCAUCACUAGCAUUCGAUGCUGCCAACACGUCAAAUACGUACACUACUAAUAUCAUAAAAGGAAAAGCAAGUAACGAAUAUAUGAAUCCUCUUAAUUAUUUAAUUGAUAGUAUUAAUAUAUUUGUUUAUUUAAUUAAAAUAAAUAACUAUGAUUUUGUUUCUUCGAUAUAUUUAGCGUACGCUUUAUGUCUAAUAUAUAAAUUUGAUAUAUGCAUCGAAUUUUCUUCAUAUGUGCUGUUAAGGAUUAUACACUUUCAAAAUUUUGUAAAAUCUCUAGCUGGGAUAUAUAGAAGUGCUUAUUUGAGUGCUCAGGGUAAAGAUAGCGUAAAUGAGAAUGCGGAAAGAGGAGUAGAAGAUGCAGCAGCAACCGGAGUAGUAGUAACAGAAGCAUCGUUUCUAUCACCAUCCGUGGGAACGGUCAUUCAUUGUACGAGUGAUGAAAAGAAUCAAAGCGAAAGCAGGAUGGACAAUGACAACAGUGGUAAAGAUAACGAAAGGAAUAACAGGAAGGAAAAAAUGAAUGAAUACAUGUAUAAAUUAGUGAAACUGAGAAAUAUACUAAACUUGAUAAAGAAUUUUAAGGCUAUAAUAAAAUACUUGAUUGGUAUAUGUUAUAUGAAAAAAAAAUAUUUUAGCAUGGCCUCAUACUGUUUUACAUCUUCUUUAAAAAUAGACAAAUAUUACUCAUCUGCGUACUUAACAAAUACAUUAUUGUUGUUAAUGAAUUAUUUAAAUAAAAUUACACAGUAUAAUGAUUUUAUUAAAACAGAGGGGAAGUAUGAUUUUAUAAAAUAUGCUAAUGAUGAUAUAUUAAAAUAUGGCUAUAUUGAUAAAUCUGAGAAUUCAAAGCAAUUUGGUUCUAACAAAAGUAGUAGCUGUUUUGAAAGGAAGGAAGCAGAAAAAUGUGAAAAGCAUGCAAAGGAUAUGAAGAAGAGUGAAAGGGAAGAUGCGAUACUUAGCGGGGGGGGUAAAUGUAUGGUAGACUUUUUAAGAGGUUCAGAUCAUAUUAGCAGUAAUAGCAAUUGUAGUAGUUAUAACAAUAAGUACAGUGCAAAUAGUGUUAGUGGUACCUAUUUUUCCGUACGAGGGAAUAAAAACGAAAAAGCGGACAUUCCGCUGAAGCACAUUCUGAAGAAAAAUGCAUCAAGUAGUGUUAAAAAUAAUAGUUUAAAAAAGAUUCCUAUAAAAGAGAUAAUAAAUUUAACCUUGCUUUAUUAUUAUAAUUAUCUGAAGAAGGUUAUUACAAUAUAUUCUAAGAAUAUAGAUAGAGUACUAAACAGAUAUAAUAAUAAAAUACUCACGAUUAACAAGAAUGACAUAUAUGAAUACGACGAAUCAAUAGAGAUAGGUAAUGAUGAAAAUACAUUUGUAAAAAAUGAAUAUUAUAAUGUUUUUUUAAAUAAUAAGUUAAUAUGUAUGUAUUUAGACCUAUGUGAAAUAUGGUUGAUGCAUGGAAAUAGCAAUUCUAUAAUUCUGUUAAAAAUUAUAAAAGAAAAAAUAAAUUUUAAUUAUGUAAGUAAAAAAUUUUUAAGUAAAUAUUAUUUCUUAAUUGGUAUGUAUUAUCAUAUAAUAAAAAAUAUGAAAAGAUCAUUGAAAUAUUAUUAUAAAAGUUGUAUUAUAUAUAAAAAUAAUGCUAGUAGAUAUUAUUACAUCAUUUCUUGUAUAUAUGUUAAGAAAUAUAAUAAGGCCAAAAAAAACUUGAUAUAUUUUUAUUUAAAAUGCAAAAAUGCUUAUGUCCUUAAACUGUAUAUCUUUUUCUUCACACAUAUAGCUAAUUUGUAUUUAAACUAUAAUGUGUUAAACAAAGAGGAAAUGAUUUUAUCCUUAAACACUGCUAAUGUGGAUGCACAUAGGAGAGCGCCAGGUACUGAUACAAGAGAGAUCGUUCAACCAUCUCUAACAGUUAGCAGCAAAUUUGUAAAAAGUAACUCGGAUGGUAAUGUAAAAAUAGUCUUUAAGAUGCUACAGAAUGUGUUAGAUAUUAUAACAAAUCAUACGCAAAUAUUUCUAAACGAUUUGGACAUAAAAUUCAUGAAAUGUAAAAUUUAUGAACUGUUGAUAACAAAAUAUAAUGAGGAAAAUAUAUAUCCCUAUUUUAACUUAUUAGACCAAAUUUAUCAAGUGAAAAAUUUUUUCAACAAGAAAAAUAAAUUACCAAAAGUAUCAUACGAGCUAAUUAAUAAUUAUAUCGUUACUUUGUUUUAUUUCAAUUUUAAAGAAAAGAGUUUGGAGCUAAUGAAGCGUUUGAAAGAGGAAAUAUUCUAUAAAGCCAAAAGCUUUUACAACUACUACACAUGUGUGUUGUGUAGCGAGGGAAGAAAAAUAUUCCAUCCGAGGUUGGCGCAUGAGGGAGGUGAGGUGAAUGCAGAAUCUGCCGUAAGGGAAGGAGAAAGUGAAGGAGGUGAAGACAAUAGGAUUAAAGUAGACUGGGCUGAGGGAGAUAGGGUUAAGGUCGACAAGACGUGUACAGAAAACCAUUCCAUGGAAAAGCAACAGGAUGAUAGGGGUAGUAAACGAAAGCGCAAUUAUGAUUGCAUUAGUAAUAAAAGAAGAAAAAAUGAAAUUUUAAAUUUUCAAAAAAUGAGGAGUAAUAGUGAGGGUAGUGACAAUAUCAAAAGGAAAGACCAAAUUGCUAGUGAUGAAGGGAGUGUAAGAAGCGAAUUGAUACGUUUCAGUAAAAGUAAAAGAAGAAGGGAUGAAAUAUUAAGGCAGAGCAAGAAGAAUCUAAAAUAUCUAAGAACAAUAUUAAGAUUUCAUCGUAUUUAUAAAAUAAGAAAUAUACUGACAAAAAAUGUUGCAUCAGGGAGUGCAAGGAAUGCAGGGAGUACAGGGAGUACAGGGAGUGAAAUAUAUUUAAAAAAAACAAAUAAGGAAAGAUUUAAACAAAUCAUAAAUUAUUUAAAAAAGUUAUAUGUUACAAUAUUUUUUAAUUAUGCUGUUAUGCUAGAAGUUGUUGGGUAUAAGCACAUAUCCAUGAAUAUAUACAAACUAUAUACAGAAAUGUAUGUAAAUUAUGAUAGUGCAUUUGUUAGGCUAGCAAAUAUAUAUAUAAAAAAUAAGAAUUAUUCAAAAGCUAAAAAGAUAAUAGACAAUGGAUUGAAAUAUAAUAUACACUCAAUGGAUUUAUUUUUAUUAAAAUUAUAUUUACAUGUUAAGAGAAAACAUUAUGAUUAUAGCAUUUAUGCAUUAGAAAAAUUAAAAAAAAAUCAAUCUUAUAAAGAUAAUGUAUUAAUUAAUACCUACUUAGCUAUAAUCAAAUUUUACAAAUUAAAAGAAUGCAAAAAUAAAGAAGAAAGGAAUUAUUUAAUAAAUGAAAUUUAUAAUCAGUUAAAUACUUUACUAGAUAAGAAAAAUAAUUUUUUUGCUGCUAAUUUAAUUUCUAUAUUAUUAAGUAUAAACCACAAAUAUGAUUUAGCUCUUGAAUCUUUUCAAUUAUUAAUCGAUGCAAAUGAAAAAUUUUCAUUUUAUUAUUUUUCCAGUUUGAAAAAUUUAGUUGUUCACAUGUUCAAUCAUUUAAUUAGACAUAAUGAUAUAAUAAAUAAUAAAUUAUUUUUGAACAAGCUAAAUUUAUUUUUUAAUAUAAGUGUAAAAAAUGGGAUAAAUGAUAAACAUUUUUAUCUCUGUUAUGCUAACUUCUUGCAUAUAUUGGAUAAGUUCGAUGAUGCUAUUAACUUACUCUAUGCUUGUUACGUUAAAUGGCCUUAUGAUCUGGUCAUACUAAAUACGCUAAUUAUUUGUAUUGAUUCAUGUGUAUCAAAAUAUUUAAGUUUUGAUUAUGUGGAGUUAAAAAAUAUUCUUAUUAUGAGGAACUUAAUUAACUUUUCAUUCUUCGUUAUACAUACCUUGUUGCACUGGAAGCACUUUACCAAUACGGCCGAGCUGCUUUCCUCAGAUGAGCAGUAUAACUAUUACAAGGAAGAUGACUACACAGUUGAAAUAAAAAAGAAGGAUCUUGAAAAUUUAGCAAGUAGGAAAUAUUUAAUAAGCACAUAUAAAAAAUUUGAGGAGAAAAUAAAACCAUAUAUUGAUAGUAGUCUUCCAACAAUGUUAAAACAGAAAAAAAUGUAUCAUAUGAAAAAAAUAAAUAUACAAAAAAAAAUAUAUGAAGAAAAAAAAAGGAAAAAAAUGAUUAUGGAAAGGAAAAAAUUAAAAAACAAAGAAGAUUUACAUGAAAAAUUGUUAAGAGAUGUUUAUGAAUUAACCUAUCACAUAUCAGAGCAAAGCAUGAACAUAAAAGAACAGAAGGAUAUUAAAGAGAAUGUAGACGAACUUAAAUUAAGUGAAAUAAAUUUAGACAUAAAUAAAAGAAUAACUAGUGAGAACGAAAACAAUCCUUCCAAUGAUAGCGAAGAGUCCAGUUCCUUAUCCAGUAGUAGUUCGGAUUUAUUUGAGGAGGAAAAACCAAAAAAGAGAAAAAAAAUUGUAAAUUAG